UGUCUAUCCCAACUGGAAGGUAUUCACUACAAAGGGAAGAGGAGACUAGGACUAACCAGUAGUGAAUGGGAUUGCUUGAAUAGAUUGAGACUACUUCAUCAGGAGGGGUCUACUUCUUUAUACAAAUACAUUAUAGAGGAAGAAUACUACUCCAAUGAUGAGUUGAAAGAUAGAAACAGGAAUGGAACAUAUGACCCCUACUUAUCUCCGAAUACAGUUAAAUUAGAUGAAAGGAAACAUGGCCCAUGUGUAAGAAUAAGGGUUGGUGGUGGUAAAUAUACCACAGAUAUUGAUCUUGGGUUCUGUAUUAAUAAGCAACAGACAGAGCAUGGUAGAUAUGUAGUCCUGCCAUAUGACCCAGGACCAAUAGGUUUUAUUACAUCAUGGACUCAAUCUGUCUAUAACAGUAAACAUAAACUUGACAAACAUCACAACAAGCUGCUGAUGUUAUUGAAACUCCUCAUUCUGGAAUGUCAUCUAAUCCCUCACAGCUCCACUUACAGCUCUCAUGCCUUGAAGACCCUUGUGCUACAUCAUCAGGCAACAUGUACAUCUAGUGCGGGAUCAUUGGGAGGUUGCCUGUGUGAUGUAGCUCAUCAUGUAUUUGAACUCUAUGAGAUGAAGGAGGUGGAUGGACACCUGUGGAUAUAUGACAGUGAGAAGGAACUUCCAGAUGUUGAUUUCCCAGAUGUUGAUGUACAACCAAGAUCAUUCUCAGGAAUCAGGUCUGAUAAUUAUUGGCUGAUGCCAGUAGUUCUCUAUAUCACAAUACGUG